UUGUGAGAAAUGGGGAGUUUUUUGGGAGUAAAGAAAGAGGAAGAAGGGAAGGGUAUAGUGAGAGAGAAGGAAGAGCAGUUACUUAAGCAGGAGAAGGAGCUUAAUAUGAAGAUUCUGAAGGCGUGUAAUUUGCAAGGGGUUUAAAUAAAGCUUGCUGUUCACUCUACAAGACAUAUCUGCAAGAUACAAACCAGAGAUUGUACUAUUAUGUAGACCUAGGUUGCCCUAUUGGCUACCUUCAAUUAUGUGUACUGAAAUAAAGAACUAGCUGAUGAAUAUAAUGAUGGAAUUCAACCGCAAGGAUUCUUUAGAGUCAUGUAUAUCCCUGGCACCCCUCCUGUCUCUAUUUUUAAGAAGACUAACUUAGUGCCUUUUAGUAAAGAUUCCUGGUUUAACUGAAUUGGGAAUAGUCUGUGUAAUCAACAAUUACUUAGUGAGGACCAUUGAAAUAGAAGCUUGACUCUGAUACACGAUUUAUCAGGUAAAUUUUGGAAGAGCGUCAUGUAUAAAACUCUCAACACACAUACCAAAAGAAUAACUUUAACAGGAUUAAAACUCAGCAGUAGAGAUAUUGAAAUUAUCAUCUGAGGUAGAGGAAUGGGUAAGGUUACAUUUGACUGCUGCAUUAUACCGACCCAGAAGGACUCAUAUAAGACAUUGCAUAACAAGGUAUGACAAAAGAGGCUUAAUCCACUGUUCGGUGGUGUAGAGGUGUUGAGAACGAUCAAAUCGAAUUGACAUAACUAUACCAUAAUAUCUUCAUAA